GUUAAUGGUGGUGGCAGCUGUGUUUCACUAGGGUUUUUCUUUCACUAAACUCUCGGCAACCACUCCAUUUUCUCUCUGUGUCUUUGCAAUGGCGAAAAACCGGAACAAGAAGAAACUAAACAGUUCUGCUAUGGAAAUCGCGACGGAUUCGCUUUCAGAUGCUCCUCAAGCGAUGGACACCUCAGAGCUUGGAGUACAAGACCCAGAUUCUGAUGAUCGCAAUUUGAAAGUAAAGAAGGGAAGACCAAUGAAGAGAACAAAAAAUGUACGCAAGAAGAAAUCCGUAGCGAAAGCCAUAGCUAAAAACGAGCAAUCAGUUGAGAAAGUCGUGAAGAACGAGAGCAAAAAAAUGAGAAUCCAAUCUGCCAAGUUGCUGUAUGAGUGAAUAACCAAGUGUCUGACUGACCAUAGCAUCGUUACUAUUAUAUAAAAGGCCUUACAAACAUCAAUUCUUUCUAGUUCCUCUGCACCAAUUUUGUUUCCUUUUUAUUUUUUGGCCGUUGUGCAAUAUAUUUUCUUAGUCUUGGAUAAGCUCCUUAUAUAGUUAAAUAUUUUUUACAGUCCAAACAAAUUUCUGUCAGAUUGGAUAUUGUUGUACACGGUAUCAUGUUUAUAUAUUGUUGUACACGGUAUCAUGUUUAUUUUAAUGUGGAAUGUGUUUAUGACUUGGAUAAACUGGAAUCACAUUCUACCAAAGGGCAAUUUGUUUCUCAGAUCAUAGGCGCAGACAAAAUCCUUAUUAUGGGGGGUUUAUGUAUGAUUUCUAUAUGCUGCUUAGUUUCCUUUUUAGUGUAGUCAACUCUUUUGUAUAUUUACUGAGUUUUUGUACAUGAUCAAAGCAAUAUAAUUAACUACUUUUCCCCUUGAUUACUAGCCUGAAAAACUUAAGGGUUUGG